GGUCCUAAACGGCACCGAUCUCGUGCCAAUGAUGUGAUUCACCCAUCCUCUCAAAGUCCAGCACAUCCAUAUAUCUGUAGUACCUUGUCCAUGUCCCUUCCAUCUCAUAUUAUUUACUCUCUGUAUCGAUAUGCCUAGAGGAAAUAACAAUCGUGGCCGUGGAUCUCUUCGAGGCCCAGGUCGUGGCCGUGGCCGUGGUCGCGGACGUGGACGUGGGCAAGGCCAUAACGAUGAUAUACCUCGAGGAAACUACCCUCAUAGCGAGAUGGACGUCGUGGCUCAGUUAUGGCAGGAGCCAUUAUCGAGUAACUCGUGGAGAGGUGGAAUUCCAUUUCGCAGUCGAAGGGGACGUCCCGGGCUUGGAUCGAGAUCUGGAUCAGGUACGCCUCAGCGAGGAGGAAAUACCCCUCGUCGUGGGAUGGGUACCAGAGGCAGAGGACGAGGAGCAUCUGACGCUCCCAGAGCACAACCAGGCUUCAGCCACAGUAACAGAAACGCAGGCGCACCUCGUUCUAAACCCCUCUGGCUCAAACCUAUUACAUUCGUGCCAUCUGUGCUUACCAGGACAUUAUUUCAUGAGGAAGAAGAUAUUCUGCAGCCUGUGGCUGAGAGUGCUGGUCCGAGUGAAGAAAGCCAUGUUCCUACUGCAGAUCGCGUUACCCGCGUAUUCAGUGGAAAAAAAUUCCCCCCUCUGCCUCAAUCGUCGUCAUCUUCAGAAGACGGCGUUUCUGAUCACGAGGAAGAUCUGGAGGAGAUCGACUUUGCUGAUAUGGGAAAACUGUUUCCUCAGCUUCAACCUGCUCGUGCUUCAACUAGUACCCGAGCUUCACAAGUCGCUUCUUCUUCACAUGAGGAGGUAUUCACUGGGGUGUAUAACAAGAGACAUCACUCUGUCGCAACUCCUUUAUCCCACCCAGCUCUAGAGGGCGCCGAUGUAUCACCCGACAAACCUAACCCCGUAUCCAUUGAUGCGGUAGUCAGUGAAUCAAACACGAUUACUGUACAUAGCAUCACUACGCUAGAACACUCAACAGCUGCCCUAGCGAUAACCAAAGAUGACGAAAUAGUCAUCAAUAAACCAGACACCAUCCCAUCUCCCAUGGCACCAAUAUCAAACGAAAUCACUGUUUCCCCUACACGUCUUCCUGAAGACGAUGCCCCCACAUUCUUUGUGGAUACAGAACCUACAGAGCCAUUUACUCGUCCCUCCGCUAGUGAUGUCGUGCUUUUUGAUCGCAUCGCCUGGGGUGGUGCUCCUCUUGGAGAAGAAGACGAGCUUAUCGUAUACGUUGCGCCCAACCCACGAUCAAGGCAAAUUUUGCCCAUUUCCAAUAUUCCUCGAGUACGGUUACCCAUGAGGUCUGUACUGACAGGUAUCACCAAUCCCAUCCAAACCCACCCAGGGCCCGUGGCACACGAAGACACAAACGCUGAUAAGGACAUCCCAGUUCAGAGCGAAGCUCCGCAGUUCUCUUCUGUUUCGUUCGAUUUCGCGACUCCCAACAUAAAGAAACAGUCUCAUCAGAGACCUGUUUUCACUCCGGGCGAUCGCUCAAAAGCGAGGAUACAAGCUAGGAAACAAGAAGCCCGAGUAGCUCGCAAGCGUGCGCAACGUCAGGCAAUGUUUGGCUCUUUUGGCGCUAUGCUUUCUGAAGCUAGAUUGAGAGAUGCUGAUGAACGAGAGCGUAAAAGUGCCCGAUGGGAGUCUCGGCGGAAGGACGACUCUGAUGUUGAUUUUGGUGAUGAGGACGAAGAUGGGGUCCCAGCAAACGAUGGUGUUGAUGAAGUGUCUAAUGGACUAGGAGGGAUGGAUUUAGAUCCGGACCUUGAACCAGAUUUGGAGGCUAUGAAAGGCUUCGUUCAGAGCAUGAGCGCGGAAGGAUCGCGGCAUCACACGAUGGAUGAAAUUCAGGAUGAAGAGCAGACACGGAUUGAGGACGAGCAAGAAGAAGAAGAAAACGGAAGUGAUUCCCAUGGGAGCUAUAGCGACACAAGCGAUGAAGAAGACGAGGAAGAAAACGCGGUGUUUGAAGUUGAGGAAGAAAUACUUGUUGCAGAAUCAGAGGGUGGAAGGCCUCGUGAACCUUCACACUCAGAUGAUUCUGACGAAGGGGAAGAUUCUUCCAAUGAUGAGCUCAGUCCAAGAGCUAAUUUUCAGGCUAGACUCCGUCGAGUUCGCGAGAAAUCACGCUCAACGAAGCCAGCGACGGCUGGGGCCGAUUCAGCAGAGGAGUCCUCUGAUGCUCCUUUCCCGUCGUGGAAUCGAGCUGAUUCUGACGAUGAUUACAUUGCACUGAUAGAGGACACGCUUGAAAUGCAUAGCGGUAUAGCUGGCGGUAAAGACCGCAAACUACGCAAUAAAUUAUUCCGUGCAAUACAGAAUGGUCAAUUCGACCACAUCGACGACUACGAAGAAUUUGACGGAUCCUUCAGCUAUCAGCCAGCGAAGCGCAAGAAAGACAAGAUGAAGGAAAUGCCCGCCGAGCUUCAAGAGAUGUGGGAGAAAGAUCGAGCCAAAAAAGCUGAACAUAAACGAGCUCGCAUGGAGGCCCGCCUUCUCGAUGCCAUCGAUCCCAUAUCUCCGAAGAAAGGUGGUAAGAAGGGGCGCAAGGCGAUGUGGGCAGCCGCACGGCUGGAUCCGAGGGAGCUCGCCCAAAUUCAAAAUGCCAUUGUGGACAUGGUGUCACUGGAGGAGCAGAUUCGCCGCUUCAUUAGUGAUACUAGCGGAAAGAACAACAUGGUACUUCCUCCAAUGAACAAAGCGUCGAGAAAGGAAGUUCACAAGCUUGCGAGCUCGUUUAACCUCAAGAGUCACAGCAAAGGCUGGGGAUCCGGGAGGUAUACUACUCUCAUCAAGUCCGCGAAGAUGCGUGCCAUUGAUGAGCGCAAAGUCAAGAGUGUCAUGAAGAAACACGGAGGCCGGUUUGAGACAAUGCCUCGACACAAAGAGGGAGAUGAAGUUGGCAAGGCUGCUCCAAAGAUUGGACAAACGAACGUCGGAUUCAGGAUGCUUGCCUCUAUGGGAUGGGCAGAAGGAGAUAGGAUCGGUGGCGAAGCGUCUAGUGGGAUUGAUGCGCCCUUGACAGCUAUUAUCAAGAAUACGAAGCUAGGUCUAGGCGCUACUCGAUAGUCACCUUCAGAGCGAACUUUAAUCUUUUCCUGACCAUAUCUUGACCUGAGACUUGA